AUGGCAGAGGGCUCCGAGAAGGUGCCGAUCGCCCGAGUGGGGCCCGACGAUGUGGAGCUGUGCCUGCCGCCCGUGAGUGCUGCCGGCUGGCGGGACAGGGUGGCAUCGGGACAAAGCCGGUGGGCAUGGGUUGGGAUGGAACGGGAGCCGGCGAGUCGGGUCGGGACGGGACGGGACGGGACGGGUUGGUUUGGGACGGCGUACGCGGCGGCCGCGCCCCCCGGGCCGGGGCGGCUGCUGAAGGCCGGGGCUGCGGUGCUGAUCGCCGGGGCCCUCCUACUGCUGGCCGGGGCCAUCGGCGCCUUCUACUUCUGGAAAGGCACGGAGCGGCAGGUGUACAACGUUCACUAUACUAUGAGCAUUAAUGGAAAAGUACAAGAUGGAUCAAUGGAAAUAGAUACUGGAAACAACUUAGAGACAUUCAAAACAGGAAGUGGGAGUGAAGAGGCAGUUGAAGUCCAUGAUUUUCAGAUCGGCAUAACUGGGAUCCGUUUUGCUGAAGGAGAGAAGUGUUACAUCAAAGCUCAGCCAAAAGCUCACAUCCCUGAAGUUGAUGCUAUGGCUAAAGCGAGCCUCUCAUCUGAGCUGGAAGAUGAAAUCAUGCCUGUGAGAUUUGACAAAAACUCCCUUAUCUGGGUGGCUGCAGAUGAGCCUAUCAAGCAUAACAGCUUCCUAAGCCCCAAAAUUCUAGAGCUUUGCAGGGAUCUUCCAAUUUUCUGGCUGCAACCAACAUAUCCCAAAGAUAACCAGAGGAGACAAAUGAAGAGAAACAAGCGCCAGCCAGAACCAAACUUUGAUGAGGAAGACUUGGAAGCUGCUUCUGAAGAAGUAAACCCCAGGUCACGCACCGUGCAGCUGACUCAAGAGCUUGGCCACCAGGCUAAUGAAACCAGGCCAAUGGGACAAGAAACUGAUCAAGCAUUUAAUCCAGACAACCCAUACAACCAGCUGGAAGGUGAAGGGAUGGCCUUUGACCCCAUGCUGGAUCACCUGGGCGUGUGCUGCAUCGAGUGCCGGCGGAGUUACACGCAGUGCCAGCGGAUCUGCGAGCCCCUCAUGGGCUUCCAGCCGUGGCCCUACAACUACCAGGGCUGCCGCAGCGCCUGCCGCCUCAUCAUGCCCUGCAGCUGGUGGGUCGCGCGCAUCAUGGGCGUCGUGUGAGCAAAUCCCUCCACCAAAACAAAACCAACUCAACGGAGCCUUGACAAAAUGAGCAGGAAUACAAUGAACUGGUAAAAGACUAAAACCAAAGCAGCGGUACCGAUCCUGCCUUACAAAAUCAGAGCCUGUUUUUCUGCACCAAAAGCAAGGUCAGAUAUUCCAGCUGCAAAUUAAAUGCUCAAGUUAAUAUUUCAUUAGCUUCACAAAAGGCAAGGGUACAAUAGCACUUGCUGAAUUAAAAAACUGAGACUUCCCAAAAAAAGACAACAUUAAACUUUGCUCAGAAUUGGUUUAGCAGCCCAGAAGCUUGCCCAUACAUCUAAAUUCAGCCUUUCAAAACAAACGCCUCUCUUUCCAAGCUAUAUGUGAAAAUUUACACCCAAUUAAGCAACUAGCUCAACUUGUACACUUGGGAGUGCCUUUAAUCCAUGUAGCUUACUUAAAUAAAUCACAACUUAAGUUGCUCCCUGUUGCUAUUCAGAGUUGCCAGGUCAUUAUGAAUGGUUAUAAACCAAUUACAGCAUACCUUUCCCACAAAGCUGCUCCAGGGGACACGGGAAAGUGCACAUUGUGCUAAAUCGGAAACAAACAGCAGGAAAAGGGGCUGUGGAAGGGGAUGUGAGUGGCCACAGAAUCAAAACCCUUUGCACAUCCCAACAUCAAAGAAGCCCCAGCAUCAAGAAUCCUGUAUCCAUGAUACCACUGUAGUGUCUAACAAGUAUCUGCUAUCCAGCUACUACAGCAAAAGUAUUUACAUGCAGUUACAGACCAAGGAGCCUCAAGACCCUUCAGAAUGUACAACAGCCACUGUUAUUUAUAAAUCCUUGAACUAGACACUUUUGACACAAGAUUACAACCCCUCUUUAUUUCACAUGGAUAGCAGCCAUUCACACCAGUUCCUUUAGUUUUGCUGAAGCUCACAUCCCUUCCCCACAAGAGAAAUUGUUUACCAGAAGGGAGGGGGAAAAAAGAAAAGCCUUUUUUUUUCCCCUCUCCUUUCUCACCUCACCCUUUUUGCUAAGGCAAACUCUGCAAUUAUUGGGAUUGAUCCCACUACACAUUAAAUCUCUAAGGAAGGUACUAAGCUGAAACACUCAAAGGUGGAACAAUUUAGUAUUUCUAGCCUUGAAAAACAAAAUUAGGCAGUGGUAUUACACUGCCUUUAUCCAUACUAUGUAUCAUGAACCCUACCUUCAAGUUUAUGGAGCCAUCUACAUGAUCCUUAUUUACAAAAUGGUUCAGCUUUUCCUAUAGUCUGCUUUCUGGAGCAUUCAUUUUUGUGACUAAACAGCUCUUGAGAUGUUGCAAGCCCAGUAAUGUUAUUAACACUGCGUGACACACGAAAAGAGGAAUUAAUUUGACAUAAUCGUGGCUUAAAGAAAAUAAAGACAACCUCAUGUGGAAUGCUAAACUGCAUAACUGAAAAGCAAAGUGUUAAAUGAGAAUAAGAUGAGAGUAGAAUUCAGUAUUUUGUUCUAUUGUAGCUUUUUAGUAUAAACUUCACCUUCCCUUAAUCU